UCUCGACCAUAGAACGACGCAGCCACGGCCGUCUCAUAUGUGUGAAGGAUGAAGAUGAACCACUGAACCAGGCGAGGAAGAAGUGCAGUACGCAAUACUUUUUUGUGCACGGUCAGAUUGAGCUCGAUGGAACCAAAUAACAUCGAGGAAAAGCCGGCAAAUGAAGAAGCUGAGCAACACGCGGCACAGGGUCCGCUCGAAGACGCAAAGCCAGAUGGCAAACAUGGGCCACGAAGCUACGGGGCGGGAAUCAUGACGCCGGACACAAUAUCAGAUCUGGAGCAGAUUGUGGCACCUGGGGAUGUACAGAUUGUGCAGACCGCUGAGGCUCGAUGGGAAGGCGUCCUCUCGUUCUGCGCUUUCAUAUUUAUGACGUUUGUUUCCGCACUACUGGGCACGGCUUUCAUCUACCAAGCAGUGAAACCACAGUAUCACACCGGCAAAGGCGGUGUGAAGGUACCUCCGACGGGACCGCUGUGGUGCUUCUUCCAGCGGGGAGCGCCGUACGUGGUAUCUAUGUACAACUUCACCACUAUACCAGUGGAACUGUGCUCCGUGUUCGUGUACUACUCACUUAGCGUUCACCACAACCUGCGACCUUAUCCUAUCAGUCCGGACGAACUACAGUGGGUCCUGCCCUCACUGCGCACCUUGCACACAAGGAACAAGGAUAUUCAAAUCUACCUGGCAGUGGGCGGGCGUCGCCUGAGCGGGUCUGAUGUCGGCAUCACUUCCGUGCUUCGAAGGAUCUUAGCGGACACUAAUCUGCAGGAACCGUUUCUGCUGCACACACUUGCCGUACUUGAGCAGCAUGGGUUAAAUGGUCUAGUGCUGGAACUCUCUCGUGCGGUAAUACCCGAGAGCGUGGAGGUGUUUCAAGUCAGCAUCGACAGAGUCACCAAUUUUCUGCGGAAGGGUCACAGUUUCAUGACAGAAAGGGGACGAGGCUUCACGUUCAUCAUCCCUGAAGAUCCCAAGCUGUUCGCUUAUUACAAGCUAUCGGAUCUGCUCUCAACGGACAAGAUGUAUGCCAUCCAGAUAACCCAUAAUUUAUACCACACCAAUCGAAAGUCAUGUCCUGCGCCGUACAUCUCAGACCGCCUGCUUCCGCAGAAAAUAGAAGAUAUUGACGGAAUGAUCAAUGAUGCGGUUUUGCGCGCGGCAAACGAAGAGUACGUGUCCAAGUUGAUGAUCACAGUGUCGUUCAUUGGAGCUCUUUAUCUCAACUUGGGUAACACCACCGACACAGACACCUACUCUCCAGGUCGCUUCUAUAGAACCACAACGUACAGAAAGCUCUGCGCCGUUAUACAGAACGACCAAUGGGACGUUCGUCAGGACCCGCAACAAGGUACCGACUGCUUGUGCGCCUGGAAAGGCUCCAAAUGGGCGUCCGUCUUUUCGCCGCACAGUGGAGGGUGGAUCGCAAAGUGGAAAUCCAAGAUAAAGGGAGUUGCCAUAUUUGGAUUGCAUGGUGAUGACUACGAUGGGAAGUGCGGGACCGAAUUUCCCUUGAUCAAUCAUGUGCGAAGUUUAUUGCUCAACUCUUCAACUCUCCCUACUGAGAGACUGUUGAUAUAAUAAGUGAUCAUUAUGAUACCAGUGCAUUAUACACAUGCAACGAAGUGAAACGUACCUAGUAAACAUUGUUCCUCAUCCUUA